AUGUCCUCCGGAUUGCUACAGCGUUUUCGUGGAGCUGCCGCUGUUGCUGCUUCUGCUGUUUCCGCUGAACGUGCUCGCCGUGCCAUCGGCAUCACGCAGCAAAGAGGUUCUAAAACAAUGUCGGAUAGUGAUGUAAUGGCAGCAUUGGAAAAUGUCUCCCCGGAGGCAAGCAAUGCCACACCACCAAAGCAGCCCAGAACAGAUGCAGCAGCAUCAUCGAAUGUGGAUUUCCUUAAGGAACGAAUUGCUGAGGUACGGUUUUGCGCAGGCGAGAAUUUGAUGGGAAAAAUUCUUGGUUAG